UUCACUGUAACCGGGACCAGAGUAGAGUCGUUAAAGUGCAUGCCGGACUGACCUCAUGAUGGAGGCGGACAGUUGUUUGUCUUUCUCUUCGCAGCCAAACCGGACAACACUGAAUAACUCUCCCGGUUUGGAUCCGAAUAGUUCUGGAGGUUCGUUCCUUCCCUGCGAUGAACUACAGAAAAGUACACAUCUUCCUCUCGCUCACCGUCUGAAUCUCCGGGAUCAGGGGGACUUCUACAGCUCAAGCUCCAUGGGACGGUUUAACGACGGCCCUCCCGCGGACUUUACGCACGGGGCAGCCUCCACGAAUCCUCGCGCCUUGCCCAACAAACACAGCAAAUACAUGGAAAAUAUUAAUCAGGACCAAAAGGUUUUAUCAGUAAGCGGGAAGGGCUCGUUUUAUGAAAAUUACUCGGAGGCCAGAGAGAAGGCGGGUCCCAAGCCCAUGGGCUAUCCCGUGAUUGGCUCAGACUGCUGCAUCAAGCUGAAGGAGCCAACCAACGGUCUCCAACCAGGGGACUCCAUAGCAGACUCAAUCGACUUAUCGGGCAAGAACAAGAAACGUCGUAACCGCACCACCUUCAGUACCUUCCAGUUGGAGGAGCUGGAGAAGGUGUUUCAGAAGACUCACUACCCUGACGUUUACGCCCGGGAACAGCUGGCUCUCAGGACCGAACUCACAGAGGCCCGUGUACAGGUAUGGUUCCAGAACCGCCGGGCCAAGUGGAGGAAGAGGGAACGUUACGGGAAGAUCCAGGAGGUGCGAAACCACUUUGCUGCUACGUAUGAUAUCUCUACGUACCAGAUGCAGAGCAACCUGUGGCCAGGUGCAGGAGGGGGUGGGGGAUCCGGCGGGGGCUGUGUCCUUGGCCCUGACACCAUGUCUUCCUCCUGUAUGAGCCCUUACCCCCAUCCCCACAGCAACCUCCCCUCUGUGGGCUUCAUGGGCAUGCCCCCGUCCUCCAGCCACCCGCACCACCUUCACCAUCACCCCCAACACCACCCUGGCAUCAACGGCCUCUACUCUCUCCACAGCUUCCCUGGGGCCCUCGGGGGCCACUCCUUUGAGCCGGGGCCCGAGACAGAGUAUAAGUCAUCCAGCUUGUUGGCCCUGCGGAUGAAGGCUAAGGACCCUGGGAGUCUUCUAUCCAGGCCUACAUGACCACCACAGUGUCAGGGUCAGAUCCCUACUAUGUACUGACUGAGCUAAUGCAUUCAUACACACAUUCCAACACAAUCUUGUAUACUAGCGACCCGGUGGAUAGUUAUGGCCACAUGUAUUUGUGUUCCUGCAUGUUGAAAUAACAGCAGAAGUCAAAACUCUACACACACACACACACACACACACACACACACACACACACACACACACACACACACACACACACACACACACACACACACACACACACACACACACACACACACACACACAGUCUUGUAUAAUUAACCUUGUGGGGACACAUAAUUCAGUCCCAUUCAGAAUCCAAUUUUCCCUAACCCUUACCUUAACCCCAAAACCUAACCUUAACCCCAAACUAACCCUAGCUCUUAACCCUGGUCAAAUACUAGCUCCUAACCCUGGUCAAAUACUAGAUCCUAACCCUAGUCGAAUACUAGCUCCUAACCCUGGUCGAAUACUAGCUCCUAACCCUGGUUGAAUACUAGCUCCUAACCCUGGUCGAAUACUAGCUCCUAACCCUGGUUGAAUACUAGCUCCUAACCCUGGUCGAAUACUAGCUCCUAACCCUGGUCAAAUACUAGCUCCUAACCCUAGUCGAAUACUAGCUCCUAACCCUAGUCGAAUACUAGCUCCUAACCCUGGUCGAAUACUAGCUCCUAACCCUGGUUGAAUACUAGCUCCUAACCCUGGUUGAAUACUAGCUCCUAACCCUGGUCAAAUACUAGCUCCUAACCCUGGUCGAAUACUAGCUCCUAACCCGAAAACUAACCCUCGCUCCUAACGCUAAACCAAAUUCUAACCCUAAAACACUGAUUGGCUCAAAACUUGACCCUAAACCAUCUAGAAAUAGCAUUUGACCUUGUGAGGACUAACAAAAUGUCCCCAGUUUGUCAAAUUUUUGUUCGAUUUAAAAUAUUCCUGUGGGGACUUCUGGUCCUCACAAGUAUAGUUAAACAUACACACACACACACACACACACACACACACACACACACACACACACACACACACACACACACACACACACACACACACACACACACACACACACACACACACACACACACACACACACACACACUUUCAACAUACACCUCCGCUACUUUCCUCCAAAUAAUGUAACAUUGCCGCAAACCCACAGACUUCAGACCGUGACAUGACCGCCCGUUUGUUUGAGUUUGUUAGGCCACCAUCAGGCACACAACCUGCCAUUUUGCAGACAUUUUAUUGAAUCCAGAUUUGAGCAUUAUCACAAACAUAGUGAGACCAAAGAAUAUAAAAACAAUAUUAUUUAAAUAUGUAAGAUGUAGAUGUUAAUAAAGUACAGUACCAGUCAAAAGUUUAGAACACCUACUCAUUCAACGGUUUUUCUUUAUUUUUUACUAUUUUCUACAUUGUAGAAUAAUAGUGAAGAUAUCAAAACUAUGAAAUAACACAUAUGGAAUCAUGUAGUAACCAAACAAGUGUUAAACAAAUCAAGAUAUAUUUUAUAUUUGAGAUUGUUCAAAGACCCCACCCUUUGCCUUUACAGCUUUGCACACUCUCGCAAUUCUCUCAACCAGCUUCAUGAGGUAGUCACCUGGAAUUAAUUUCAAUUAACAGGUGUGCCUUGUUAAUUUGUGCAAUUUGUGCAAUCCUUCUUAAUGCAUUUGAGCCAAUCAGUUGUGUUGUAACAAGUUGGGCAGUAUACAGAAGAUAGCCCUAUUUUGGUAAAAGACCAAGUCCAUAUUAUGGCAAGAACAGCGCAAAGAGAAACGACAGUCCAUCAUUACUUUAAUAAGACACGAAGGUCAGUCAAUCCGGAAAAUGUCAAGAACUUUGAACGUUUCUUCAAGUGCAGUCGCAAGUGCUAUGAUGAAACUGGCUCUCACGAGGACCGCCACAGGAAAGGAAGACCCAGAGUUACCUCUGCUGCAGAGGAUAAGUUCAUUAGAGUUACCAGCCUCAGAAAUUGCAGCCCAAAUAAAUGCUUCACAGAGUUCAAGUAACAGACACAUCUCAACUUCGACUGUUCAGAGUAGACUGAAGCAAGCCUUCAUGGUCAAAUUUCUGCAAAAAAAACACUACUAAGGACAUCAAUAAUAAGAAGAGACUUGUUGGGCCAAGAAAUACGAGCAAUGGACAUUAGACCAGUGGACAUCUGUCCUUUGGUCUGAUGAGUCCAAACGUGAGAUUUUUGGUUCCAACCACCGUGUCUUUGUGAGACGCAGAGUAGGUGAACGGAUCAUCUCCGCAUGUGUGGUUCUCACCGUGAAGCAUGGAGGAGGAGGUGUGAUGGUGUGGGGGUGGUUUGCUGAUGACACUGUCUGUGAAUUAUUUAGAAUUCAAGGCACACUUAACCAGUGUGGCUACCACAGCAUUCUCCAGCGAUACACCAUGCCAUCUGGUUUGCGCUUAGUGGGUCUAUCAUUUGUUUUUCAACAGGACAAAGACCCAAAACACACCUCCAGGCUGUGUAGGGCUAUUUGACCAAGGAGAGUGAUGGAGUGCUGCAUCAGAUCACCUGGUCUCCAUAAUCACCCGAACUCAACCCAAUUGAGAUGGUUUGGGAUGAGUAGGACUGCAGAGUGAAGGAAAAGCAGCCAACAAGUGACCAGCAUAUGUAAGAACUCCUUCAAGACUGUGGGAAAAGCAUUCAUCACGAAGCUGGUUGAGAGAAUGCCGAGAGUGUGCAAAGCUGUCAUCAAGGCAAAGGGUGGCUACUUUGAAGAAUUUAAAAUAUAAAAUCUAUUUUUUUAUAUGUUUAACACUUUUUUUGGUUACUACAUGAUUCCAUAUUUGUUAUUUCAUAGUUUUGAUGUCUAUUAUUCUACAAUGUAGAAAAUCGUAAAAAUUAAGAAAAACCCUUGA